AGGUUCGCCUCUCCCUACCACAAUACUACACUUUGAUCUUCGCCAAUAAGUAACAAACAAACGUUGUUCUUGUUUUGUGCUGCGUGUUGUCACCUGUCAUUUGUCAAAGUCGUACCAAUACACUUCUUAUUAGUAUAUUCGCCGGGUAACAUGGGUCUGCACACCAUACUGAAGAAAUUAAAACAAAAGGAACAUGAAGUUCGCCUCCUUAUGUUAGGUUUAGAUAAUGCUGGGAAGACCACUGUAGUGAAACGUUUUUGUGGGGAAGACAUCAAUACUAUUUCACCGACGUAUGGUUUUAAUAUUAAGACAGUGGAGCAUGAAGUUGAUAAGUAUGGGUACAAAUUAAACAUAUGGGAUGUGGGUGGUCAAAAUUCCUUACGUUCAUAUUGGCGUAACUACUUUGAAUGCACAGAUGGGCUCAUAUGGGUUGUUGACAGUGCAGAUGCUGAUCGCCUCAGGGAUUGUCAGCAGGAACUGAAGAAAUUACUAGAAGAAGAGAGGUUAGCAGGAGCCACGCUUCUAGUGUUUGCUAACAAGCAGGAUUUGCCGGAAGCAUUAUCAGCAGAACAAAUAAAAGAAAUAUUGGAUCUUAAUAGCCUCAAGACUCAUCACUGGUAUAUCCUACCAUGUAGUGCUGUGGACAGGAGAGAAUCUUGUGAAGGAAUUGAUUGGUUGAUCAGGGACAUUGCUGCAAGGAUAUUCACUCUGGAAUAAGAAUGAGAAAGAAUGAAAACGUCUUGAACAUGAUUAUUGCAAGAGAUGUCUAAUUAAGUUUCUUGAUAACAGAUCUCAUUUUUAUCUAGGUAUCUACCAAGAAAAAAGUAACUUGGUGUACAAGGUUUAAGCUUGUCACAUAGCAUUGAAACUUUAAAAAUUUUAUUCCUUUUUUAUAUUUUAUAUUGUUUUAAAGGGUUAUAGAUCUUCUUAUGACUCCAUUUGCACAAUAGCAUACUGUUUUUUACUAUAAAGAUGAGCUUCGUAUAUUAGAAAAUCUCUUAAAAUGAGGAAAAAACAUUCAUUGUAUGACUGUUGACUUGUAAAACAGUGUGUUGUGAUAUUUACAGGAUAUAAUAAUUUACAAUUAUAAAUAUUAUAAUUAGUUGGUUAAACCAGACCACAGUAUACCUCCUUAUUCUUAUAGCACUGGGUUGCAUGUCUGAUCAUGUGCAGUCCAUUUUAAACUUCAUUGUAUUUCACAGUCAAGUAAAAAUAUGAUGUUAAAAAAAUGGACCUUUAAAGAAUUGUACUGAGAAUUUUUUCAGAUUGCUCUUGUAUAAAGUAAAAUACAGUACCUUUGGGCUCCUGCUCAGCCAAAAUCAGUGUUUCAAGGUGGUUGAUCAUGUUAUACAACCCAGUCUGAUUGACAUUCCGUAUCCUAUAUACAUAAUUCUAUAUAUACUCGUACAUCCAUUUAUGCCAGAGAAUUCUUUAAAAAGCAGAGCAUUUAUGUAACAUAGCAUAUAACAUGUAUAUUGCAAUAAAACAGAGUAUACCAUAA